AUUUUGGUUCAUACAAAACAUGCUACAAGCAACUCACAAACAAUCGUACGGAUGUACACUUUGACUUAUUAAUCGCUUUAGUUAACAACACGUUUUUAUACGACGUACAAAGAUCGAGAGAAUGGAAAGCGUUUGGAUUGAUUGAUAUGGUAUGUUUAAGGUUAGAAAAUCUUAAAAGAGACUAUUGUUUAGACAAAAGCAGUACUAAAGUGCAGUAGUUUCGCCAGUUUUAACAAUAACUGAAAUAAUCAUUUAUCAAUAAAGAGGUAUUUUAGUGCAAAAUUACACAAUCAAAAACACACAAUAACUAGACGUCAAUGUCAAUUAAGUCACUGUCAUGUGGUCAUAGUGAAAUUCAGUCGGGGGCGUUUGGCCGAAAAUAGAAUUAAAGAUAAGAAAAAUGGCGUUCGUUUAGCAGUUUAAAAAAAUUAUGGAAAAUGGAAAACAUCACUUUCGAAGUUAGGAAACAUGUUUUUUUUUGCAGUUGCCAGUGUGAUCGCCAUUUUUGCUUACUAUUUCUGACAAAUUCUAUUUUCGGCCAAACGCCCCCAAUGUGUGACCACAAAAAUCCUCAGAAUCAUCAUAGUUUCUACUAUAAAAGAGUAAAAAACACUAUUAACACUACUAAAGUUAGCAAACGCGCCGAAACUGCCGUAGCAAUCGCCAUUUUGUUUAUAAGCAUUUUUUCCGUCACACGCCCCCAUCCGUGCCCCCAUUGUCGAAGCAAGCCCAGUGUCAGUGUAUGUCCAAUGGACUAACGUUACGCGUUGCUACUUCAGUCAGAGGUCAUUCGCGCCGGUGUUGAGUCGUGUUUUUGAAAAAUUAAAAAUGACAAAUUGUGCGAUUUCCAACUGCAAAAACCAUUCUAGGGUAGCCAAUAAAGGUAUUACCUAUCAUCGAUUUCCCACAAAUCCUAUUGUUAAAGAAAAAUGGAUCAAUGCCACGGGUAAAAAGAACUGGUUUCCUUCAAAAUAUAGUACAAUUUGCUCUAUACAUUUUAAGAAUGAUGAUUUCCUAGUAACCGAAAAGAGCAAAAGAUUACAUGAAACAGCAUAUCCGACAGUACAUGUGCUGAGUUCGACAACUAAUGGAGAAGAAUCAAGAAAUGAAAUCGUUGAGUUUGUGAUAUUCAAAGUUAAGGAUGGUCUAGUACACCAGACAGAAGAUGCUAUUCAAUUAAAAUCGCAAAAUAACACCGCAACAAGCUCAAAGUUUUCGUCAGACCUAUCAGAAGAGAAGCAUGGAGAGUUAGAAGCAAGUAGUCCAUCUAAAUUUAAACUACAAGACGAAUCAUGCUCAAGUACACCACCAUCCCGAGAAAAGAAAUUACAUCAGAUUUUACUGAAGAAAGAAGAAGUUAUUAAAACAAAGAAUUUAGAAAUCAAAAGAUUAAGAUCACAAAAUAUGCGGUUACAGAAAAAACUCAAUAAAUUUAAAGAUAUUUUAAUGAAAUAUAAAAAGAAUUCUCGAUUAAAGAAAAUGAAAUGAAAGCGUAGGCAUAAAAAUACCUAUGCCAAAAUGUACUAAGAAAGUCAUGCUAUUCUAGGGAUAAAUAGUAU